GCGUGGAGCAACAAAUUGAGACCAGCUCAAAAGACACGUCCUUUUUUGCGUUACUAUUAUUCUCCUCUUUUCUCUCCAAUUAUUCUCUGAGCUGUAAUAACAAAAAAAAAGAUUCUCUCGAUCAAACUUGCCGGAAUCCAUGGAAGACUUCGGCCGUCAACGACCAUACGGAGACGGAGGGAUGCAGAUCCAGCCUUACCACGGCGGCGCUUCGGGAACCGGUGAUUUCAGGAGCUAUAGCGCAUCGUACGGGACGAGGGACAACAAUAUAUACGAUGUGAAAAAGGAGAAAUCGAUAGCAAGAUCCAAGUCGUGGGGGAUAACGGACCCGGAGCUCCAGAGGAAGAAACGGGUCGCGAGUUAUAAGAUGUAUGGUGUUGAAGGUAAAGUCAAAGGCUCUUUUAGAAACAGUUUCAGAUGGCUUAAGCAGAGGUACACACAGGUCGUCUAUGGUUGGUGGUGAUUCAUUUUCACCUUUUUAAUUUCUGUAAUUUUAUUUUACCUUGUUUUUAUUUCUUGAGCUUUUUGCUUUUUUCUUCUUUAUAUUGAUUUUUGAUUUUCUCAAGUAAUUAUGAGCGUGUUCUCUCUCUUUAUCUCUUAUGUAUCUUCUUUGUGUGUUUGUAAUCUUGAAUAUAACUGUGAUGGCUGCAUCGCCACAAAAUUAUAUAUGAUCAUUAGUUUCACCAAGUAAAGAGACCUUUGGAAUUUGGAUGAA